AUGGAUAAGUUUCUGCAGAUCGCGCCUCACUCCCUGGGCAUAGUGCUGUCUCGGGUAGGCGCCGAGGAGUCGCCCGCGGUAACCGACAAGCUCCAGCAACAUCACACGGGCUACGAUAUAUUUGCCGACUUCAAAGCCGUCAACAUGCAGCACUUCUGGAAUAAGAAAGUGACAGAUGCGAUAUCGGAGACUUUCUUCCUAGGCUGGAUUGACGAGGAUGUCCUGCUGAUCCAAGGGAAGGAACACCACCUCGAGGUGCUCAGAGAGGGAUGGACGAGGCGGGCCCUCAAACCGCCCGGAGGGUUCGAGAUCAAGUGUAUAGGUGAUGUGUCUCCCAUCAGCAUGUCUCCUAUCAGCCAGUCCCAGUUCAUCCCACUGGGGGAGAUCCUGUGUCUGGCUAUCUCAGCCAUGAACUCUGCUCGCAAGCCCGUCAGCCAGGAGGCCCUGAUGGAACACCUCGCCACCUGCUUCCCAGGUGUUCCGACACCGAGCUCGGAAAUUCUGCGACACACCCUAAAUAUGCUGGUGCGAGAGAGGAAAAUCUACCCAACACCUGAGGGCUACUUCAUUGUCACUCCCCAGGCCUACUUUAUCACCCCCAACCUCAUCCGAUCCAACAGCAAGUGGUACCACCUGGACGACCGGCAGCAACAACAGCAGCAGCAGUGUACCUCCCCACAGUCAGGCACCAUCACGCCCUCCACCCCGGGCUGCACGAGGGAGAGGCCCAACCAGAAGAACCACGGUGACUCCUAUAACACGUACCGCGAUGAUACGCCCAUUCCUCAAGCCCCCGCUUACCAGAGGAAAUCUCCCAAGGAGCCUCGGGGAGAGCCCCCCUCCUACCCUGAGCCCCCUCCGGGUCCCGUUCAGACGUCACAGUUGCAAGAUCCUCUGAUGGACAAGAGCAAGAGCAAUGCCCCCUUCCCCUAUAAGACCGACACGCUGACCAAAAAAAAGGAGGGCAGUGGUGGUGGCAGCAGUGCCGAGAAGCAAUCAAAGAAGUUUGGGCUGAAGCUGUUCAGGCUGAGCUUCAAGAAAGACAAGCUGAGGCAGCUGGCCACGUUCUCGGCCCAGUUCCCCCCCGAGGAAUGGCCCCUCCGCGAUGAGGACGCGCCUGCCAUCACCAUCCCCCGCACUGUGGAGAUGGAGAUUAUCCGGCGGAUCAACCCAGACCUGACGGUGGAGAAUGUGGCACGCCACACGGCCGUGAUGAAGAGGCUGGAGGAGGAGCGUGCCCAGAGGAGAAAAGCAGGCAGCUCGGCAGAGCACAGUGCACGCAGCCGGAGGAGUCGUGGUCACCGUCGGGUGAUGCACGGCAAGUCUCGUUCACACAGCAAGACUCGCGUCUCCCGGGGCGACCCGUCCGAGAGUUCCAACCUGGACAUGGCCAUGGUGGACAGGGAUUACAGCCGCUUCUUCAGCCACUCGCUGGUGCGCUCCCCUCGUGAGGCCAUGUACACGUUGGAGCGCAAACGAAGCGGCGGGACUUACAUAGUCCACAGUAACCCCAACAUCACAGAGUCCCACUUCCCCGUCACCCCGGAGUGGGACGUGUCCGGGGAGUUGGCGAAAAGGAGGACAGAGAUGCCUUUCCCCGAGCCCUCGCGCGGGACAUCCAGCGGGAGAGUGCACCGAAGCCACAGUCAAACUCAAGAAGGAAGGAAGUCGCGCGACGAGCUGCCCGAUCAGGCUAAGGAGAGGUCCCGCUCCAUGGAUAAUGCUUUGAGCCCUCUGGGCGGAAUGUGCCCCUCUUUGGGGAUGUCAGAGGACUAUGAGCGGAGUCCUGACGAGCGGAGUCAUUACUACACAGAUAAUGGGACUUUGCGGGCCUCCCAGAAGUCGUCCCACUACUCAAGGAUCAUGUUCUCGGCUGCUAAGUUCAACUCUGAAAUGUGUGUGCCUGAUGUGGGGAAGGGGAGCUUAGGGAAGGGGAGCUUGGACGAGUCUAGGAUCCGAAGCCCGCUGGAAAGGAACAAGAGCAGAGACAGCUUGCCAGCCUACAGUGAUCUGAAGGGACUCUCGCCCAAGCCCUCGGCGGACGACUACUUCCAGUGCAAUACGUCGAACGAAACAAUCCUUACCACCCCUUCACCUCUGUCAAAAGCAGACCACGACACGUUAACCUCGUCUGAGGGAAUCCGGAAGGGCACUCCGGUUGAUCGCCACACCCCUCACCUUACCUCUCCCCUCACAAUGGAAUACAAAGAGGACUCUUUGGCAAAGGGACAAAACGGCUCAAAACGGCCAACACCAAGCCAGACCCCAGAGCCCAUGCCUAAUGGACGUUUGAUACAACACCAACACAACGUAGACCCUGGAGGGGGAGGCGGUGGUGGCGGGGCAGACAAGAGGAAGGAGAUCUUCAGCAAGGACACUUUGUUCAAGCCUCCACACAACGCGUUAACUGCAGGCUACGUGGAGGGCACCUACACCAAGUCGGGCACCCUACGAAAGACCCCACACAUCAAAUCAGCCGAUGUCCUUGACAAUCUAGAGGCCCAGCAGCCUUCGAAUUCAGCAGCUUCCCCCGCUUCCGCCCUGGGCCUCCAGGGCUCCGAGCCAGCGUUCCCAUCAGCCUCCGAGGCCGCCUUUGACUACUACAAUGUGUCGGACGAUGACGAGGAGGUGGUGGUGGAGGAGGCCUCGCGGGAGGAGUUAGUGGCGGCAGAGGUCAAAGGGCACGGGGAGGGUGGAGUCGGAACCAUGCAGUGGCUUCUGGAGCGGGAGAAGGAGCGUGACCUGCAGCGCAAAUUUGAGACUAACCUCACGCUGCUCAGCCCCAAGGAGACAGAGAACAGUAGCAGCCAGAAGUCAGCGCACUCGGCACGUCUGGAUAGCAUGGACAGCAGCAGCGUGACUGUAGACAGUGGAUUCAACUCCCCAAGGACACGUGAAAGCCUGGCUUCCAACACGUCGAGCAUCAUGGAGAGCAAUAGACGACAGAAUCCAGCAUUGAGUCCGGGCCACAUGGGCACCACCAGCAUCGGUCCGCCUUUCAGCUUUCGCACCAUCCCAGAACCUCCCCAUACCGCACAGCCUGAGAAACUGCAGAAGUCUUCAACCUGCCUGGCGUCCAUCACCAGCGUCUGACCUGACAUACAGACAGACAGACAGACAGACAGACAGACAGACAGACAGACAGACAUCAAGGCCUGAGAUGGAGGAGGUGGAUUAUUAAGGUUAUG